AUGAAGCUUUCAUUCCUUACGUUUUUGCUUGCAGCUCUGCUGCAAGUCCGUUUCUGCGCCGCGGCUGAUAGCACCGACACUGAUGUCACGAUCCCAACAUGUGGCUUGAAAUGCAUCUUGGAAAUUGUGCCCGAAUCAGUCUGUUCGUCGAUAACGAACUUGACAUGUAUUUGUACCAACGAAGACGUCAUUUCUGAUCUUUCAACUUGCGUCUACGCAAGCUGCUCGACUCGAGACGCUCUAUCUACCAAGAAAUAUUCGGACGUUUCCUGCGGCAGAUCACACGAGGACAACUCGCUACAAAUCAUUGUCACGACGCCAUUGUUCGGAGCACUAGCAUUAUUUAUUUGGAUUCUGCGCCUCGUGAGCAGGUAUCUCACCGGAUUCAGGGCAACAUGGGGUAUGGAUGACUGGAUCAUGGUGCCAACUGUGAUUGCAUCUAUUCCCAUGACAUGUCUGUCUUGGAUCCUCGCGAAACAUGGUCUUGGCCAUGACAUGUGGAUGGUCGAUUUCGACGACAUCACUUACAUUCUCUAUCUUUACUACUGGGAUGAGAUCCUUUACCUUUUCGUUGUACCCGCCACCAAGAUUUCGAUUCUAUGCUUCUACCUGAGAAUUUUCCCUCGGAGGGGUUUCCGCAUCGGCGCCUACGCCCUCAUUGUCUUGAACGUCCUAUAUUUUGUCGCAUUCGAGAUCAUUACAAUCUUUCAGUGCACUCCGAUUCCGGGCGCCUGGUUGGAAUGGGAUGGUGAAUAUGAGGCAACUUGCCGAGACGUCAAUUUGCAAGCCUGGGUUGCCGCAGCCGUAUGUAUCGUGUUGGACGUUGCCCUUAUUGCGCUCCCAAUGCCCGAGUUAUGGAACCUCAACUUGUCCAUGAAGAAGAAGGUGCAAGUUAUGCUCAUGUUUGCAGUCGGUAUAUUUGUCACUAUCGUAUCGAUAUUGCGUCUCCAGUGGCUGCUAGUCUUCGCCAAGACAACAAACGUUACACAGGAUUUCGUCCCUGUCGGAGUCUGGAGUACCGUCGAAACGAGCGUUGGCAUCAUCUGCGCAUGUAUGCCGGCAAUGCGGUCGCUGUUCGCCACCGUACUUCCCAAAGUCUUUGGCACGACUCACCACAAAAGUCAAUACCCUACCGGAAACUCGACCUCGAAUAACGACAAGUCCACAAACGACAAAUCGAUAUCGAGCAGAAUCAAGGUCAAAUCAGAGUUUGUUAUUAGCACUUCUCGAACCAAGGCCCAUGAUGAGGGCUCUUUUGUGGAACUUACACCACUCGACUCCGAUGAUGAGCAGCAUCGGCACGAGCGCAAGCAGUCACGAUUCGAUUUUGAGUGGGAGCGCCAGGAUACGCAAAAGCCAGCGGCCCCCAGAGAGUCUGUGUAA